CUCUCUCUCUCUCUCUCUCUCUAUCUUCUUCUUUCUGUAUAUUUCUGCAUUUCUUACUCCUUCCACCAUUAUUCCCCCUCUCUAUCUCUCUUUCUUAUGCCGUGUUGUUUUGUCGCUCCGCAAGCAGAACCGCGAUUUUGCUUUCUUCCUAUGCUUAUGUGUCAGUGUCUUCCAACGAUGUGAUUCUCUACCUGUUCUCAUUGCUCGGAGUGCCAGGAUUUUUGGGUGUAAUGGAACGCGGCUGUUGAUGAUUAAUCAUAGUAUUAGUGAACCAAGGAUUCGGCUGCACAUGCAUUUGGAUAGCAAACAGGAACUUGUGUAUGCUCGUAAUAACUUUCAGUGCGUGUCGGAAUAAAAGGAACAAUUACCUGAGGCUAAAUAAAUUAUCUUCGUUAUGACGGUCAUCUGCAUGCUGCCGAUUAAAUAGUAGUCGAGGAAAUGACGACGAGAAGAGAGCGAUAAUAAGAGGCACGCAAUUAAUAAAGAAUGCAGCAUAAGGAAGAAGAUCCGUCUUAUGGGACGGUGCUGCUCAAUACUUUCAUCAUCAAGAAGAAAAGAUGCAGGGUAUACUUCCACAGGGGCACUUUGAUAUGGGAGACCGAGCGGACGCCUUACACUCGGUGGACUCUACCUCUUACGGAUGUGUUAUCGGCGACUUACGGCAAGGAGCGGAUCACCAAUCCUGCAACCAACAAAAACUUCAAGGACAAGGAAAUGAAAUCCGCUGCGACGUCGACGACCUCGACUCUAUUGCCGACGAGUUUCGUACUGCAUUAUGCGGUGCGAAGUCGUAAGAACAAAUGGAGUCACCACAGUGUCACUAUGAGUCAUGAUGACCACAGGCAGGUCACUUCUUGGGUCAAGACCAUACGUAAUUAUCUCGCAAAUUUCUCACAUCGUCCACGUAAGAUACUACUUUUUGUCAAUCCAUUUGGUGGUAAAAAGAAAGGGCUGCAAAUAUGGGAAAAACAGGUGCAACCGUUAAUGAACAUCGCCGAAGUUGAAACGAAAGUUAUCGUGACGGAACGAGCUGGGCAUAUUCGUGAUACACUAUUGAUCAGUGAACUCGACAGUUAUCAGGCCGCCGUAUGUAUAGGUGGCGACGGCACUUUCGCCGAGCUCUUCAACGGUUUAAUAGCUAGAGCUGCUCGGGACCAGCGCAUCGACCUUAAUGACCCGGACGUUCUCCUACCAAAGCCCAGCCUCCCUGUUGGUGUCAUUCCCAGCGGCAGCACCGACACCGUCGCCUACAGCCUGCACGGGACGACGGACGUCGAGACGGCCGUGAUACACGUCGUGUUCGGCGACUCGACCGGCCUCGAUCUCUCCUCCGUUCACAAUGACGACAAUUUGCUCAGGAUAUACGCGAGCAUUCUUAGCUACGGAUAUCUGGGAGACGUCGUGAGAGAUAGCGAGAAGUUCAGAUGGAUGGGACCGCAGCGAUACGACUACUCUGGUUUCAAAAAAAUAAUUGCCAAUAAAGGAUACGAAGGAGAGGUUGUCCUAUUGGCCGAAUCUGGACAUCCCGCCACAUGCACAAGAUGCAUAAAAAAUUGUUCGCGUUGCAUUCAGCGAUCUCAUUGCGUCAACAUCGACGAUGAUAUUUCGCGGUGGCUGACGGUGAGAGGAAAAUUCUUUAUGGUUAAUGGAGCUAACGUAUCGUGCGCCUGCUCCAAGAGUCCAAUGGGAUUCAGUCCGCAUUGUCACAUCGGCGACGGCUGUGUUGACGUCAUCUUAGUGAGACAUACUUCCCUCAUCAACAACAUACGCAUGCUGCUCAGACUCAGUAGCAAGGACAAAACUCUGUAUGAUUUGCCGUUCGUGGAGGUUUAUCGGGCGCGUGAGUUUACGUUCCGUGCCUCGGAUAUUCCGGACAAGAAUCCCGUCCAAAACAAUGGCUCCAGUCGGUGUUCCCAGCUAAGCAACUCGGCGCUCAGUGUCUGGAACUGCGACGGCGAGGUCAUCGACGCUUCAAGCGUUAAAAUCAGGGUACACUGCCAGCUGCUAAAGGUAUUCACGAGACGGAUGCAAAGCGCAGCUUCCGACAGUCCAUCAUGUUUCUGUCUCCUCUGAGGAUUGCUUUAUCAUCCGGCGGAGGACGCUCGCGCUUUCUUACAAUCCUAUAAGACACUCGCCCGGGGUUCAACGAACUCCACGUAACUCGUGCCCAUGAACACGUGCCGAGCUAGUGAUGCAUGGCCUUAUGUGGAUUUUGCUUACGAACGAUGAUGGGAUUACUUUCGAAUGCCAGAGACUUUGAGUUAUCGAGUUCCUCAGCGCCAGUACGGGCAAAUUGAGAAAGCACGUACGAUCGACAUGAUUUUUGGCGACGAUUUGUUCGAAUGGGCCUCUGAUUUCUCAAAUACGCCAUACACGCAUGCGUUCUACGUAGAAAGGAGUUUGGAAUAAAUUUGUUUAUACUUGACUCCAUAAUAAUUUAUAUUAUUAGUUUAUUUCUGUUUAAGAUAGCUAUAUAAGAUACUAUUUAAUGUCGUUUAAGUACCGAAAUUUUUGGAAAAUGAUAUUAUACAUUAUGAAUUGGAGACAAUAUAUGCUUAUGGAAUAGGUUUUAUGUCGUAAAACAAUA